AUGAAUUGUAAGAUUAAAAUCGUGCCGCUCACAGAAUCAAUAUUCGAUCUAAAUACUACCACAAACACGGAUCGUUGUGUUUGUAUACAAAAAUCUGCUGUUAGCAAACGACAUAUAUCAACAACGACAAUUGCAAACAGCUCCAACAAUAGAAAAGAUCAAAUUUCAUCCGGUGAAAAUACUGCUAGUAGUAACCUAGCAGCUAAAUAUGCAGAAAUCUUGAAUCUGAAAGAGGGAAUAGCAUUGCCGAGUAUUGAACUCAAAGAUGGAACACGUGUUCAAACGGGCACUGUUGGUUCUAUGCUCAAAAACAUCGCACUGUAUAACGAAGGUCAACGCGGUGAGGUCGAGCAACUAUUAGAACAAUGUGUGCCAACAUUAAUACAAAUCGGUUUUUUCGAUCUAUUUUCACCUGAAGAAUGGAUCAACACAUCCAAUGCCGGUCGACAAUUUGUCGGGAAAAAAGCUCAAGAACUUCUCGCUCGUAAAGACAAAUGA